GGCCGCCGCCGCAGCAGCUGCUGCAAGAGGAAGAGGAGGCGCCGUCGCCGCAGCUGCUUACUAGAUCAUCGCCCUCCCCCACAUCCACGAGUGACAUGAUGUUUCCACAAAGCAGGCACUCGGGCUCUUCUCACCUGCCGCAGCAGCUCAAGUUCACGACCUCUGACUCCUGUGACCGAAUCAAAGAUGAGUUUCAGCUCCUGCAGGCACAGUACCACAGCUUGAAGUUGGAGUGUGACAAGUUGGCCAGUGAGAAAUCGGAAAUGCAGCGUCACUAUGUCAUGUACUAUGAGAUGUCCUACGGCCUCAAUAUUGAAAUGCACAAACAGGCUGAAAUUGUCAAGCGGCUCAACGGUAUCUGUGCUCAAGUCUUGCCUUAUCUGUCGCAAGAGCACCAGCAGCAGGUACUGGGCGCCAUCGAGCGGGCCAAGCAGGUGACGGCUCCAGAGCUGAACUCCAUCAUCCGCCAGCAGCUUCAAGCUCACCAGCUCUCGCAGCUCCAGGCUCUGGCUCUGCCGCUGACCCCACUGCCCGUCGGCCUGCAGCCCCCGUCCCUCCCGGCCGUCAGUGCUGGCACCGGGCUCCUCUCCCUGUCGGCCCUGGGCUCCCAGGCCCACCUCUCCAAGGAGGACAAGAACGGGCAUGACGCGGACGCCCAUGCUGACGACGACGGUGACAAGUCGGAUUAAAAGCCAGGGCCAGGGCAGGGGCAGAGGAGAGAGUGGGUCAGGCAGAGCCGCAGGGGUGCUGGGGCCACUGCUCGGCCGCCACCACCCAACUGCGCUAGUAUUUAUGGUAGCGGGCAAGCAAGCCUGGGUUUUGAGCACAGGUAGUCUCCUCUCAUCUGCCCUGCCUCGCUUACAUGGAGCAACCUCCACCCUCCCGCCCCCCUCUCCUCCUGCCCCCUUCCCCUCCCCCUUUAUGGUAAGUCCUAGACCAGGACCUAUCCAGAUCACAAUGGAACACAGAAGCCUGUCUCUGCUCCAAGCACCCUGAAGCCUACUGCUGCCUUCCCCUCUCUUCCUCCCCAGCCACAUUUUUCCCCAAGCCCCUACUGGACCUCCUCUUUCCUGCCCCCCUUCCCCCCCCCCCCCCCCCCCCAGCUGCCCAGUCUGUGGAGAACCUGGCCCUCCAACACAGCAGUUCCCAGGUCCCAGUGGGCACUGCAUGCCAUCACAAGGGUGACCCUCCCCCGAUGUUUCCCUAUUUAAAAAACAAAUCCAGGUGGUUGCUCUGCCUGCUCCCCUUCACCCCACCCCAGCUUCUGUCGUUAGAGCCAACUCUUUGGCCUUCCCAGCACGCAUCCUUUCCCAGGGCCCCGUCUCGCACCUUGCUACCUGCAUGGGUCUCCUGCCAGGGCCAGAGCUAGCACUGUGGGUGCCCAGCUGGCUUCCCUAGGAACCCCCGAGCUCUAUAGAAGGGGGCAGUGGCAACCUUUUCCGUUGUAAACUCGUCUAGCCGGGGAGGUAGGGGAGUCGGGGUUUGGGGGAGGAGGGCAGCGGAGUGGAUCAGGAUCUGGCUUGGAUUUCUCCCUCCUCCCCCUUCCUCUCCUCCCCCUACUUCCCCAAUAAAGAUGAGGAUACUGCAGCUUUCUCUGUUUUUCUUUCAGUGCGCUAGCCUGUCUUAAAAAAGAAAAAAAGGAAAAAAAACUUGUGUUUGUAUAUAGUCCUUUAGACGAUCUUGUUUGCUUUUUGUGUUUUAAUCAUUUGACCUAUACUAAAGAGGAACUGAAGAUGCUGUAUUGAGGAUGUACUAGCUGUGCCUUUCAAAUAAAGUAAGAAGGUUGGUUUAAACA